UUAUUUUCCACAAAAAUGCUUCCCUUAAUUAAUAUUUGCCCAUAUUUUAUUCUUUUAUUUAUUUUGGACAUUUCAAGUGCCUUUCGUGAAUUCUCUGUACCAUUGGAAUAUGCAAUAGAAGAUAUUUACUUCCAACUUGGCCAAAUCCGCAUAAAACCUUUUGUUGGAACUCAAAACAUGGAAAAUAUUCUCCCCGCAACAGCAGAAUUUAUUGCAACGUCAACAGAAGUAAUUGCUCAAUGGAAAAAAGAUUUGGAAUCAAAUCCUUCAAAUAAAGAAUAUAAAAUAAAAAGUGGACAAAUAUUUAGCAGUAAUUCUAUUGAGGGCUAUAUUCAAUCAAAAUAUGUUCAUUUAUUGGUUAUUACUGCUGAUUUGGACAAUCAACGUAUCCAUUCCUUGACGCAUUCUCCAGCGCCUCUUAGCGUAAUAAACAAUUCUACCAAUAUAAAAAUAAAUGAAAAAUCGCCUUCUCCAUUGAUUCUUAUUAGAGUUCAAGGAAUUGUUGAUCUUCCAGGUCCUGAUACCGCAACAUAUUUGCGUAGAGUAGAAGAAGAAAAACGUGCUCGUCAACAAGGUGCUACACAAGACAAUCGAAGCUUUCUUCAAAAAUAUUGGAUAUAUUUUGUUCCAGUAAUUGCUUUUAUGGUCUUGUCAAAUGUCCUCAACCCAGAACCUCAAGGAGCUGAAUAAUUAUUUAAAUUUUUUAAUUGAAUUUAUUAUUUUUUCUUUUCUUUGAAUACCUUCCCUUUCUCUUUAUUUAAUUUAUCUUUAAUAUUCCAUUUACAAAUAACUGAGAAAACACAUUUUGCCAAUAUCAUAUUUCGCCAAUAGGGCUAAAAGUACACAAUUUGUCAACAGAUUAGUUGGCAAAAUGUAUGUUUUUAGCCUUAUUGGCAAAAUAUGGUUUUGGCAAAAUGUCGAGUCUUCUCCAAAAGCGCGACGAGAUUUGGGCACUCAACCGUCUAAAUUGAAAAAUUUAAAUUUCACAUUAUGCCAAGAAAAUCAAGU